UUGCCCACCCCCUCAUGGGGCAGUGCUGGACUAAGGUAUGUAGUCAAGAAAACAAUGAUAUCCCUCCCACUUUUGAUCUUGCUGGUGGAAACAUUUGCCUUGUGACAUCAAUGGACAAGUGGGAACAAAAGAUGUCUGAAGCCAAUGACAGUGGCAAGAUCGCGGUGGUAAAUUUCAGUGCGUCAUGGUGUAACCCAUGUAGAGCAGCAGCACCAGGAUAUCAUGAACUUGCUGAUAAAUACACUUCAAUGAUAUUUCUAACCGUGGACGUGGAUGAGUUAGCUGAGUUGAGUACUUCAUGGGACAUAAAAGCUACUCCAACAUUCAUUUUCUUUAGAGAUGGCCGUCAAGUGGACAAACUAGUAGGCGUCAAAAAGCAAGAGCUCCAACAGAAGUUGAUGAAUCUCGCAGAGUCUACAAGGUCCCCAGGAUGAUAAUACUGUUGCUUCGCUGCAGU